AUGAGCAACCUCAUAUCCGCCGUCGCUUGGGUGAAGCGCGGUGUGGCCGUCCAGCACCCAGAAAAAUACGUCCUUGAUGACAAGGAACUUGAGCGCGUCAGUGCCCUCGCCCGGAUCGAGCUCGAGGAUGCGCGCAUCGAGCUAGAACGCGCGCACUUGGCUGCUCAAGAAAUGGACAAGAGAGAAGAGGACGAGGAGGGCGAUGAUAAUGCAGAAGAGGACGAUGAAGACGACUGGGUCGAUGAGGAUGAUGAUGCUAUGGAUGUCGAUUCUGGUGCUGCUCCAAAACCAAAGGCAGAAGACGAUCUGGCUGAAUAUAACCUGGAUGAUUACGAUAACGAUGAACCCACUACGGCCGUUGGGCCUUUCAGUAAUAUCAAGGGACUAACAUACUACAAGGAUAAUGAAGAAGAUCCCUAUAUCACCCUAAAAGACGAAGACGACGACGAACGCGAAGAACUCGAAGUUCUACCCACCGACAACCUGAUCGUAGUCGCCAAAACCGAGGAUGAGAUCUCCCAACUCGAGAUCUACGUCUACGACGAAUCGCAAGAAAACCUCUACGCGCACCACGACCUCAUGCUGCCCAACUUCCCCCUCUGCCUCGAAUGGCUCGACUUCCCACCCGCCUCCUCCUCCUCGCAUGCGCAGCACGGACCGCACGCCAACGGCUUCGGGAACUACAUCGCAGUCGGCACGCUCGACCCCGAGAUCGAGAUCUGGUCGCUCGACGUGCUCGAGGCGAUGUACCCCUCCUCCAUCCUCGGCCGCCCCGACGAGACCAAAGCGCACGUCCCCGUGCCCAGCGGCACAGGCAAGAAGAAAAAGAAAAAGCCCAAGCACCGCGAGGCGCAGUCCGCGUACCACGUCGGCGCCGUGCUCGGGCUCAGCUGGAACAGGCACCAGCGCAACCUGCUUGCGAGCGCGAGCGCGGACAGGACGGUGAAGCUGUGGGAUCUGAGCCGCGACCCGACGGUGAACGGCGAGGGCGGCGAGGCCGCGGGUGCGAUCAGGAGCUUCGAUGUGCAUAAGGGCGAGGUGCAGGCGGUCAAGUGGAAUAAUCUGGAGCCGACGGUGUUGCUUACGGGAAGCUUCGAUCGGACGGUGAGGACGUUCGACUCGCGUGCGCCGACGACGGGCGUCGGUGCGAUUGUGGGCAGCGAUGUCGAGGCGCUGUGCUGGGAUCCAUGGGAGAGCUAUAGUUUCUAUGUUUCCCUAGAAAACGGCCUCGUACUCAACUUUGACGCGCGAACGCUACCGUCCAACCUCGAGCAGCCGUCACCCGCCCGCUUCACCGUGUCAGCGCACGACGGCCCUGCGUCCUCCAUCGACGUGAACCCGCACAUGCGCGGCUGCAUCGUGACAGGCGGCGCCGACAAGCUCGUCAAAGUAUGGAACGUAGACGAGGAGGGCGACAAGCGCAACGUCAGCCUCGUCACAUCGCGCGAUCUGGGUGUGGGCAAAGUCUUCUCGACCGUGUUCUCCCCAGACGACCCGCUGACGCUCGCAGCAGCCGGCUCAAAAGCCAAGCUGCAGAUCUGGGACGUCGGAUCGACAUUCGGCGCGCGCAAGGCGUUCGGCGCGAAAUUGCGCGCGGCGGGAAAAGAGCUCAAGGAGAAGGAGGAGGGCAAGGGCGGGGUUAUUGGUGUGCAGAGCGAUGAUGAGGAGAGCGACGCGGAUGAGGAUGAGUAG